AUGGGUUGGUUCAGCAGCGACAGCGAGCAGGCUCAGGCCGCUCAGGAGUUCCGCGAGUUCAACCCCGAGGGUGAGGUCACUGAGGAGCACAAGGCCAAGUUCAGCCACGAGCUCAUCGGUGGUGCCGCUGCCUACGAGGCCAUGAAGGCCUACGAGGAGCACCAGGAGAAGAACGGCAAGCCCGACAGCCACGCCCAGGCUAAGGAGAUCCUCGCCGGUCUCGCCGGUGCCUUCGUCGACCGCGAGUUCGAGACCAAGGGCCUCGAUGCCUACGACCACUUCAGGGAGAAGCGUGAGGCCGCCAAGCGCCACGCUCAGGAGCAGCUUGAGGAGGCCUCCGCCCAGGACUUCUAA